UCCGCAAAUGGAGCUUAAAGAAAUUCGACCUGCUUUCAGCCAAAAACCAAAACACGGACCAACGCAAACGACCGGUGAGAUGUCCGUGCUGAGUCGGUUUCAAAAUCUCACCCUGCUCGGUCCAAAUCCUUCGCCACGCCAAACGCUUGCCUCCGUGGCCCCCCGAGAAGGUACGGCUGGGCCGCAACAUGUGCUCGACCUGACCGGCUAUCGAAAGGUACGCUCCGUAGGUCAGGGUUCGUUCGGUGUCGCGGUCCUGUACGAGCGGCAGUCCGACGGGCAACAGGUGGUCAUGAAGCAGAUAGCGCUCGGUAAUCUGGCCAAACCCGAGCGCGAGAUGGCGAUGAACGAGGUGGAGGUGUUUUCCAAGCUGCACCAUCCCAACAUCAUCGCCUACCUUGGUUCGUCCGUGCGCGGCGAUGUGCUGCUGAUCGAGAUGGAGUACGCAGACGGUGGCACACUUGCGCAGAUGCUGGCCGUGCGCAGCCAAAGCGAACCGCUGCCGGAACGGUUCGUGUUGAACAUAUUCGAGCAGCUGGCCAGUGCGCUGAGCUACAUGCACUCGCAAAACAUCCUGCAUCGCGAUCUGAAGACGGCCAAUGUGUUCCUGCACGGCAAGGGCACGGUGAAGGUGGGCGACUUUGGGAUAUCGAAAAUCAUGAACAGCAAUGUGCACGCGCAGACCGUGCUCGGGACGCCGUAUUAUUUCAGCCCAGAGAUGUGUGAAGGCAAGGAGUAUGACGAAAAAAGUGAUGUCUGGGCGCUCGGAUGCAUUAUCGGUGAAAUGUGUUGCCUGAAGAAAGCAUUUACCGCCUCGAACUUGUCCGAGCUGGUGGGCAAAAUUAUGACCGCAGAGUACGUGCCACUGCCGGCUUGUUACUCCGACUCGCUGCGCCACGUGUUGGGGCUAAUGUUUCAAAUCGAGCCGAUCGCGCGGCCAUCCGCUUCAGAGCUGCUGCAGUACUGGAUUCCGCUUAUCUACAAGAAUUUGGGAUCUGCCGAAGGUUUUCAGUUUGAAGCGCAUCAUUCAAGACCCAAACAACCGGAACUACUGUUGAAGGUCGAAUCGAUGGUACACGACGAUCGUGCCACUACCAAAUCGUAUGCAGAUGGAUCGACAGCCCGGGUUGGUACGGAUAUCAAUCAAAAUCAUCCAAUCGAACGUACCGUCCUCUAUCAAUUACACUCAUUCGGUUCGUCCUCCUCGUUGGCACCGUUGCAUCUACCACCGACGAUAAAGAUCAUGCAAGUAGCCACACGUGGACAACAUUUUGUGGCCGUUUUAGAAGACGGCACUGUGUACAGUUGGGGCGAAGGUGACAAGGGCCAGCUGGGCCACGAUGCACUCGAAACGUGGCACCACAUUCCCAUGCGAAUCGAUGCGAUCCGGUCGCGCCGAAUAGUCAGUGCUGCCGUUGGAGAUGGAUUUAGCAUCUUUCGUACUGCUUCCGGGCUGCUGCUUGCCUGCGGUGACAAUAGCAAUGGAUGUCUCGGGCAGGGGAACAGAGCGUCACUGCUCGUGCCGAAGCAAAUCGCCAAACUGGAACACAUCCCCAUCGUGCAGGUUUCGAGCGGGACCACGCACGUGCUGGCCCUGACCGAGGGUGGCAUCGUGUACAGCUGGGGCAGCAGUGAUAAUGGUGCACUAGCGCUUGGCAAACGUAUUCACAUUGCCCUCGAACCGGAACGCAUCAUCCUGCCGCAGCUCGUGCAGAACGUGCGGGAGGUGUACGCCGGUCCGGACUGUACCAUUCUCAUCACCACGCAGGGCGAUUGCUACUGCUGUGGAAGCAAUGCGGGCAAUCGGCUCGGUCUGGGCCGUAAAGUGGCCAGCACGGCUACACUGCGCAUGGUGCAUCUCGAUGCGGCCAAACGCCCGAAGAUAGUGGCGGUCAGUGUGGCGGAUACGCAUGCGGCAUUUCUCAUCGAAGGUGGCUUUCUGGUUAUGCUUGGAGACAAUUCGGAUGGGCAGCGCGGUGCUGGGCAUAAAUUUGAACUGGCUCAACCAUCGAUCGUCCGGCAGCUGCAGUCACGUUACGUUGUGAAUGUGAAAUGUAACCAUUCGUAUUCGGUGGCGACUACUGACGACAAUUGUGUCGUACACUGGGGGACGCGCACCGGCACUCCGGAAAGCGCAGAGGAUUGCAGUGAAUCACGUGCCGGAAGCAAUAAUGAGCAGCGGCCUUCCUUGGCAACGGUUGCAAACAGUACGACGGCACUAGCCAACAUCUUAACCUCUCUCUACAAACGGGAGACCAUCCUGGAACCAGCCGACGUUCUAGCUUUAUACUCCUCCAAGCAACAGCAAAGCGCGGGAUCGUACGUGAAGCUGCUCGAUGUGCAUCCUUUGCAGCACAGCAUUCUCGUGCUGGUGGAAACGAACUGUCCGUUGGCAUAGGUUCUUCCACAUCGAUCAGAGAGGCAAAGCUGGAACGUACUUAGGUGAUUACUAGAACAGUGCCUUCGUUAGUUGAAAUAUAAAAACAAACUUUUAGUGUGUGUAAAAAUAAA